UCGCAGCUCCUCCCAGGCGCGCGCCAUCAAGUCUUGCGUACAACACACACUUUUAAAGUUCUGUGCUAGUGCAACUGUUGAAUUUCGACUUUUUUUCGAGACAAAGUGAGAAUGUCGAUGCUAAAACCAAAAUCCACCACCCCCAGUACUCUAAUCUACCGUCAUCCUUGUAUAACUGGUGUGGUCUGCUGUGUUGUUUUCAUUUUUCUCAUAGAAAUUUGCCUGCCCUAUUGCUUCUACAGACUGCUUAAAUCCGAAAUACAAAAUGAUUACGUGGCCAAACAAGACUUCCGUCCAUACUUCCGAAAUAAAUUUCGGAGUGAAGAUAUCAGAGAAGAAAUGAUUCGUAUUUUGCGGGAAUGUGAAAAUUACAUGAUUUCGACCAGGAACAAACGAAGUACAAACGACACAGAAAACCAAUUCCCUAUUUCGGAAAAAGUGCGCGACGACUAUUGCAAGAAGAUCCAUCGGUUCUGUCCUUCAGGACAACUAGGGAUGCCCGGCUUACAAGGUAUAAAAGGUGAACCAGGAUAUCCAGGCUUACGAGGACAGAAAGGCGAUCCACCAGUUGUUGCUCUAGCUGAGGCAGGUGUGCAUGGAAGGUAUCCUUUCAAUGGACAAAAAGGAGACAAAGGAGAUCCAGGCUAUCCAGGAACGCACUGCCAAGACGGUGAGCCAGGUCCUCCAGGAGUACCAGGUCCGAGAGGAUUACCAGGACUUCCAGGCUAUGCAGGAGUUCCAGGCAUGUCUGGUUUACGAGGAGUUCCAGGCAUGGUGGGACUAGAAGGAAUACCAGGACAGAAAGGUGACCAAGGUCCACCCGGGUUGCCAGGCACUUCAUGUCCACAAGGUUCUUUAGGGUCCACUCCAUCAUAAAGGCCACGGUUUGGAUUAUUAACAUAAAAACAACGCUGUAAAAUUUUACUGGUUAAAAUAAAACUCAUGUUACAUAA